AUGGGCCAACUACCUCUCUCUCGAGUUACGCCGGCACGACCGUUCACUCACACAGGGGUGGAUUAUGCGGGACCACUCACCGUUAAAACUUGGAGGGGAAGAGGUGCCAAAACCAGUAAAAGCUGGAUCUGCGUCUUUGUGUGCUUCUCAACCUCAGCAGUACAUCUGGAGGCGGUCGGUGAUUACUCUUCCGAAGGAUUCAUUGCCGCCUACCGACGAUUCGCAUCGAGACGCGGCAUUGCUCACACCUUGCAUUCGGACUGCGGCACCAACUUCAUCGGGGCGGAUACAGCUCUCAAAAGGCUGUUUAUCCAGAGUACUCAGGAACAUCAACGAAUCUCUCAACUGCUCUCCGAAGACAAUACCCGGUGGGAAUUCAAUCCCUCAGCAGCACCUCACAUGGGUGGAAAAUGGGAGGCGGUAGUAAAAUCAAUCAAAUAUCAUCUACGACGCACCAUUGGAGAAAACGUGCUCACCUUCGAAGAACUCGCUACACUACUUACUCAGAUUGAGGCAAUUCUCAACUCUCGACCUCUCGAGCCAUUGAGUGACGAUCCAGAAGACAUAUCAGCGCUCACACCAGGUCAUUUUCUCAUCGGAAGCUCUUUUACUACUCUACCAGAACCUUCGCUCACGGACCUGGCGAUCUCAAGGCUGUCACGAUGGCAACUCAUCCAGCAAAGAGUACAACAAUUUUGGACCCAAUGGUCAUCUCAUUAUCUACAACGCCAACAAGCAAUCUCAAAAUGGCACCACAGGAACAAUGAAGUCAAAUUAGGGUCAUUGGUGCUCAUCACCGACGAGCGGCUACCACCAUGCAAAUGGCCAUUAGCCCGGGUAACUGCCUUACAUCCAGGAAAGGAUGGACUCGUUCGGGUGGUGACGCUGAAAACUGCCACUACCACUCUAGUUCGGCCAGUGAUCAAGCUCGCUGUUCUGCCAGUACCAUCAUCAGAGUAG